AUGAUUCAAUUUAAAGUAUCUGCACCAGGAAAAGUUAUUCUUUUUGGAGAACAUGCUGUAGUAUAUGGAAAAACAGCUGUUGCAGCUAGCAUAGAUUUACGUACAGUUCUAAAUUUUACAGAAUUACCUGAAGCAGAACAAGUUGUUAAAAUAUGUUUCUCUAAAGUAAAUUUAUUUAUUACCAUACCUCUGCAACAAAUACAAAAUUUCUUUUUUAUUAAUAAAAACGUGGAAUUUAUAGAAAAUUAUGAAAUAUUUUAUAAUAAAAUAAAAGAAUUUGUCUGUAUUGUUAGUUAUGCAAAUGUUCAACAAAAAUUAAGUUUAGAAGCAUUCUUUUAUACUCUUAUUUAUAUUGCACAAAAAGAAGAAAUGGAAAUAAAACCAUUUCAAAUUCAAUUAAAUACAGAAUUAGCAAUUAAUUCUGGACUUGGUAGUUCUGCUUCUUUUGCAGUUAGUCUUGCUGCAUGUUUUGUACAUUGGUCACAUUUACAAAAAAAUAUUUACAAAGUAUUUGAUUUUUCUACUUUAGAUGUUAUUUCAAAAUAUGCUUUAAAUUGUGAAAGAAUUAUGCAUGGUAAUCCAUCUGGAAUAGAUAAUUGUAUCUGUACAUAUGGAUCAAUAAUAGAAUUUAAAAAGGGUAAUUAUAUACAACCAAUAAAUAAUAUACAGGCAAUGAAAAUUUUAUUAGUAGAUACAAGAGUAAAUAGAAGUACUAAAGCUUUACUUGAAAAAGUAUUAGAAUUAAAACAUACAUAUCCAGUUAUUAUUGAUCUGAUUAUGGAUUCAAUAGAUAAUAUAUCAAAAGAAGCAGUUAAAAUUAUUCAAAAAUUAAAAACUUUCUCAAAUACCAAUGAGUUCUUUUUGGAAGGAUACAAACAAUUAAUGAUACUUAUUAACAUGAAUCAAGGAUUGUUAGCCACAUGUCAAAUUUCUCAUCCAUCUUUGGAUAGAAUUUGUGCAGAAGCACAAAAUUAUGGUUUAGCAGCAAAACUUACAGGUGCCGGUGGUGGCGGACAUGCAUAUAUUCUCUUAUUACCAGAUACACAACCAGAAACUAUUUCAAGUAUUUCGCGAAAAUUAAUUGCAGACGGAUUUACUGUUAAAUUAACAACUUUGGGGUGCUCUGGUGUACAAAUUAAUUAAUGACAUUAUUAUAAAUAUUAUAUACAUUGAAUAUUAGAAAUAUUGAUAUUUAUGUAUAUAAUCGUAACUAGGAUGAAAUUUAUUCAAUAUUUCAAAAUGCAA